CGGAAGUCAAAGGUCAGUAAAUAGUGGUGAUGUCAUGCAGGCAAGAUGGCGGAAGGGGAGGACGUGGGAUGGUGGCGGAGCUGGCUGCAGCAGAGCUACCAAGCAGUCAAAGAGAAGUCCUCUGAAGCCUUGGAGUUCAUGAAGCGGGACCUGACAGAGUUUACCCAGGUGGUGCAGCAUGACACGGCCUGUACCAUCGCAGCCACGGCCAGUGUGGUCAAGGAGAAGCUGGCUAUUGCAGCCUGUUGCCGGGGCGCUUGCUUCCUCUGCCCAUUCUCUAUACAGACAGAAGGCUCCUCAGGAGCAACGGAGAAGAUGAAGAAAGGGUUGUCUGACUUCCUAGGGGUGAUCUCAGACACCUUUGCCCCCUCGCCAGACAAAACCAUCGACUGCGAUGUCAUCACCCUAAUGGGCACACCAUCUGGCACAGCUGAGCCCUAUGAUGGCACCAAGGCUCGCCUCUAUAGCCUGCAGUCAGACCCAGCAACCUACUGCAAUGAACCAGAUGGGCCCCCGGAAUUGUUUGACGCCUGGCUUUCCCAGUUCUGCUUGGAGGAGAAGAAGGGGGAGAUCUCAGAGCUCCUUGUAGGCAGCCCCUCUAUCCGGGCCCUCUACACCAAGAUGGUUCCAGCAGCUGUUUCCCAUUCAGAAUUCUGGCAUCGGUAUUUCUAUAAAGUCCAUCAGCUAGAGCAGGAGCAGGCCCGGAGGGACGCCCUGAAGCAGCGGGCGGAACAGAGCAUCUCUGAAGAGCCUGGCUGGGAGGAGGAGGAAGAGGAGCUCAUGGGCAUUUCACCCGCAUCUCCAAAAGAGGCAAAGGUUCCUGUGACCAAAACUUCUACAUUCCCUGAAGGAGAACCUGGCCCCCAGAGCCCCUGUGAAGAGAAUCUGGUGACCUCAGUUGAGCCCCCAGCAGAGGUGACUCCAUCAGAGAGCAGCGAGAGCGUCUCCCUCGUGACACAGAUUGCCAACCCGGCCGCUGCACCUGAGGCACCAGUGCUACCCAAGGACCUGUCCCAAAAGCUGCUAGAGGCAUCUUUGGAGGAACAGGGCCUGGCUGUGGAUGUGGGCGAGACUGGACCCCCGCCCCCUAUUCACUCCAAGCCCCUAACCCCUACUGGCCACCCCAGCGGCCCAGAACCCAGGCCUCCAGCCAGAGUAGAGACUCUGAGGGAGGAGGCUCCCACAGACUUACGGGUGUUUGAGCUGAACUCGGACAGUGGGAAGUCUACACCCUCCAACAAUGGAAAGAAAGGCUCAAGCACGGACAUCAGUGAGGACUGGGAGAAAGACUUUGACUUGGACAUGACCGAAGAGGAAGUGCAGAUGGCACUUUCCAAAGUGGAUGCCUCCGGGGAGCUGGAAGAUGUAGAGUGGGAGGACUGGGAGUAAGGGAGCCAGAGGGAGCAGCUCCCCACCCAUGGCAUCUCUCGCCUCCCUCAUUCGUCUCAGCCCAGCCCUGGAAGACUCUGACUGAGAAUGUCCCCCCAAAUCUCCUUUGCCAACCAGAGCUCUGGGCACAGAUUCUGGUGGCUCCCUGCUGACCCUCUGGGCCUCUGCUCAUGCCUGGAAAGGGGCUCUCUAAAUCCCGGCCAGGAACUCUGACUUGUGCCAACAAUAGAAUGACCCAAGGGAGAGGAAACCAGAAGAGCCUGUGUUUUUCUGCUGAACACCCACUGUUCCUGAGGACUCCUGCUGGGAAGUCCCAAGGGAUAGUUCUAGCCCUUCUGCCUGUGUAGACAGAAGCUAAACCACCAGUCUCUCGGAGGAAGCCGAGACAACACACACUGUCCACCAUAAGCAGGCAGGGAGGGCCAUGCCACCUACCCUUGGCUAAACAGGGACAGCAAACACAUUUUGGUUCCUAUCCCAGUGGGUAAGAUGCACUUACCUCUGGGAAAUUUGCCUCUCCUCUCUUGGGAAUCUCCCCUUCCCAGGCAUUUUCCAUUCCUGGAAAGGCUCCUUUGGGGUUCAGAAUCCAGAGACCAAACCCUGACCCACCUCCUUCCUUUCCUCCAGCCCACGCUGGUCUGUCCCUAUGCCUUCCCAGGGCUUCUUCAUGUCAGAUGCACCCAAGUCCUUAGCCCAGCUGUGCCACCUGCAGGAGUUCGCUCUUGCAUUUCUUCCCCUCCCCAAGAAGGGAGGGGGCCACUUGAGGCCCUUCUGUGUGUUGCCUGGCAGGAUACCUUGUCCAACCAGCUACCCACCUCAACUCCCCUGUAGCUUAGGACACAAAACAGCUACCAGCGGUACAGAGCGGUGAUCACAGCCGAGUACUUACAACUCUGGUAAGCCUAGCUUCUCCGCCUCAGCCCUUCUGCUUCUGGAAGGGCUAUCCUGGGGGUGAACUUGAAACUCUCAUCAGGCUUCUGCAAAAGCUCUUCUUCCUGAAGACAGACCCAGCCUUUGCGCUCUCACCCUCCAGUCUGGUAAAGCUGUACCUCUGGGGGAAUGAGGGGCUGCAGGAAUCUCUGGAGAGCCUGGUGCUUCACGAUGCUGCUCUGGUGAUUCUUGUACCUAAUCUGGUGUGCUCACCAGCGAGUGAAAGGGAUCGUGGUCAGGGACACCGAGAGAGUGGGGUCACUUCUUCUUCAAACCUUCAGUGAGGGGGUGGGUUGGAGAGAAUGCUGAAUCUUUUUUUUGACGGGAUGGGGUUUUUCUCUUUGUAAUUAUUUCUUUAGUUUAAUUAACUUUUUGGUUGUUUGUGCAAUAUUAUAUAUUUUAAAUUAUAAUGCAUCUCCCCAGAGUAUUUUGUAGCUGGGAAAAGAAAAAAGGAAAAAAAAAAAGAAAAAAGAUUCUAACAGCUGUUAGUUUUAUAAUUAAAAAAGAAAGAAAAAAGAACUUUGUCCUGAACCUUUUACAGACUUGCCGUUAACAGCAUUAAAGUGAUUCAACCGAAGCU